GAACGAAUGAUUCUUCUUGCGACCUUUUUCGCGGAGCGAUAUGUCUAAAUCAAUUCCAAGUCAAGGCCACCAUGAACGACGAUAGUCAAACUUCCAUCAUCAACCUUUCUUAUGGAACCUUCUUCGUUCUCCUUUUAACAAUCUCCAUUCAUUCUUCCCAACUUUCCUCCUCGGAAUUGUAGAGACAUAGAGGAAAAAUGGGGCAUGGAAGUUCGAAAUCAAGUUCCUCUGAUGACUCUACAAACGGCGGAGUUUCCAAUUGCAAAUCAAGCACGUCGCGUCGAGAGAGAAUCAAGAAGAAGCUUCACCUUCACCGUCGUCGUGGUCGUCCCGCCGGAAGCAGUCGCGGGCACUCUAAACUCAGCAGUUUAGAGGAUUUUACCGGCAUCGCUUUGGUUACUCUUAUUAGUGCGGAGAUGAAAUUUAAGGAUAAGUGGCUUGCUUGUGUUUCUAUCGGAGAACAAACGUUUCGCACCGAGACUUCUGACCAUUGGUGCAAACACUUGGUAAUUAGUACAUCCUAAGGUACAGUUUGGUUAGAGUUGGAGCAUCUAAAGUGGGUAAGGAGGUGGGCAUCCUUGCAGGAAGAGUGCGAAGUCUGGUCUACUACAGGCACCGCCCACCUGCCCCUGGGACACGCUAUUUACCUCCCCUAUGAUGGUUGUGGGGCCGGACCAACAAGCCUACAUGGAACUCGGUGAGUGAAUUUUAUUACAUAUAGCUUAAAUCAUCAGUCCUUGGCUGUAGCACAUGAGGCAUCAUAAGCCUUCCUUUCGGAAUGAAGAAUCAUCCCUUUAGGAAUCCUAGAGGUUUGAUAGUUCUUAUGAACUCUAUUCAAACAACUUCACCAGACCCUUUUUGAAUGUCUAAUGAUCUCCAUAUCCAUUGAAACUACAACAUGUGAUAGUCAAUCUGUCUCUCUCCUCUCCGUUGGAUAUAUGUAGAGACUGAGAUUUUGGUACAUCUUAGUGGUCAAGAUCUGUGAGCUAGUAAGAAUAUAUGCCAGGUUCCUGUCAUAAAUUAAAUCAUGUUUCCUAAAUAUCAUAUUUAAUACAGACUUCAUUUUGUUUAUGUUGUGCUAUUUUUUGUGCACAAUGACAUUAGAGUUAUCAUCAUGGUCUUGCGAUAUGUUAGCGACUUCCAUAAAUUGGACAAAUACCAUUUGGUCUAAAUUCAUGACAACUUAGAGAAAGAAAUGUACACUUACUCAUGUGCAGUUUUUGAGUUGAAGCUUUUAUGAUUUGGUUCGAGUCAUUUCCGUCCAUAAAAUAUAAACCACAAGUGGUAUGCGAUUAUUUCUGAAUGAUUGUGCUAUGGAUAUGAUGACAGAAACAUGUGCUUCUUGACUCUUGAGUUAUAUUAUGUCCUGUGGUUUUGACAUAUGCAGUCAGUGACAUUACUUUUGUUAUGCUACAGGAGAAGAAGUUCUUAUUGGAAAGGAAUGGGCCUCAUAUUGCAAAAAUAUCUGUUUUUGAGACCAAUAGGCUGUCGAAGAAUAACCUCAUUGGGUAUUGUGAGGUAGAUCUUUUUGAAUUCCUUAGUCAGGAUUCAGGCUUUGACACUAAAAUGUUCGAUUUGUUGGAUCCAUCAUCCUCCAGUGUAGUGGUUGGCAACAUAUCUCUUUCAUGUUCUGUUGAGGACCCAACUGAAACAGAGAAAAGUUUUGCAAGACGUAUCUUGUCCAUUGUCGAUUACAACGGUGAUGGACAAUUAUCUUUCUCUGAGUUCUCAGAAUUAAUAAAUGCAUUUGGCAAUCAACAGGCAGCAAAAAAGAAAGAGGAGCUCUUUAAGGCAGCUGAUGAAAAUGGAGAUGGUGUUGUCAGCAUGGAUGAACUGGCUACACUUUUAGCUGUGCAACAAGAGAAGGAGCCACUCAUCAAUUGCUGUCCUGUUUGUGGGGAGUUUCUUGAAGUCUCUGAUAAGCUGAAUUCGAUGAUUCAUAUGUCACUGUGUUUUGAUGAAGGCACUGGAAACCAGGUUAUGACUGGAGGCUUCUUAACUGAUAAACAGGCUUCCUAUGGGUGGAUGUUUAAACUCACUGAAUGGGCUCAUGUCUCAUCCUAUGAUGCAGGCUUGAACUCGGGUUCAAGUGCUUCACAUAUUGUGGUUUUUGACCGGAGGAAAAAGAGGCUCGUAGAGGAAAUAAUUGAUGGAAAGAUUGUCUUAUCAAUGAGAGCCAUUUAUCAAUCUAAAGUAGGCCUUGGCAUUAUGGACAAAGGGGCAAAAGAAUUAUUGCAGAGCAUAUCAGAAAAACAGGGCAAGAAAAUGAAUUCAGUUGAAUCUGCGAAAGAUAUACCAGAUUUUCUUAAGUUCUUCAAGGAUCAAAUCAAUAUGGCUGAAGUUAAAUACCCUUUGGAUCAUUUUAAGACAUUCAAUGAAUUUUUUAUAAGAGAGUUGAAACCUGGUGCAAGACCGAUUGCCUGUGUAGGACGUGAUGAUAUUGCUGUUUGUGCUGCUGAUUGUCGUUUAAUGGCAUUUAGAACAGCUGAAGAAAGUCUCAGAUUCUGGAUCAAGGGUAAAAAGUUUUCUAUCCGAGGCCUUUUGGGUGAUAUACCAUGCUCAAAUACUUUCAUUGGUGGAACCCUGGUCAUAUUUCGCUUGGCACCACAGGAUUAUCAUCGUUUCCAUUUUCCAGUUUCUGGUAAGAUUGAGCAGAUUGUCAAUAUACCUGGAUGCUUAUAUACGGUUAACCCCAUUGCUGUAAAUAGCAAGUACUGCAAUGUGUUUACAGAGAACAAGCGUGCUGUAUCUAUUAUCUCAACUGCGGAUUUUGGGAAGGUAGCAUUUGUGGCUAUUGGUGCAACGAUGGUUGGCAGCAUCACAUUCACCAAGAAGAAGGGAGACUAUGUCCAGAAAGGAGACGAGUUUGGUUAUUUCUCGUUUGGUGGAAGUACGGUCAUUUGCGUCUUUGAAAAGGACAAAAUUGCACUAGAUGAGGAUCUUUUGGCUUACAGUGCAAGAUCAAUCGAGACCCUAGUUUCAGUUGGAAUGCAAUUGGGGGUCUCCGUGAAGAAGCGGGCAGAACUUCCAUUGCCAGACAUCAAAAACUGCGUGUUAAAUGCUUGAAAAUGUGAGUCAAAACAUGAGGUAUACAUCUCGUAUGGAUAGGAUGACAAAUAGGUAACUUAUGUGUUAGAAAUCUUGGUUUGGGUCAUGUAUCGAUCGAAAUAGACUUGGAUAGAAUAAUGGAUCGUGUUUGGGACACUCUUUGAAGGGUAUUAUUUCGACCCUUUUUCAGUCUUGGAUUUCAUGAAAUUCACUGAAAUUAGGAAUUAAUCAACAGUUAUUUUUGGCGUGAAGGUGGUUAUUUUGCCGUCAAAACAGUUACCAAGUAA